AUGCCGACCGGGCUGCAAGGGCAGAGCGUGUCUUCGGGGAGCUCCGAAAUCAAAUCCGACGACGAGGGCGACGAAAACCUCCAGGACGCCAAGUCUUCUGAGGACAAGAAACUAGAGGAUGACAAGAAGGAUAUCAAAUCAAUUACUAGGUCAAGAUCUAGCAAUAACGAUGACGAAGACCUGACCCCGGAGCAGAAAGCCGAGAGGGAAAAAGAAAGGAGGAUGGCCAACAACGCUCGGGAGCGCCUGCGCGUCCGCGACAUCAACGAGGCUUUCAAGGAGUUGGGCCGGAUGGUGCAGCUCCACCUCAAGAGCGACAAGCCCCAGACCAAGCUGCUGAUCUUACACCAGGCUGUCGCCGUCAUCCUCAGCUUAGAGCAGCAAGUCCGAGAAAGAAACCUGAACCCUAAAGCGGCGUGUCUGAAAAGAAGGGAAGAAGAGAAAGUAUCUUCGGAUCCUCCUCCGCUUUCCCUGGCGGGACCCCACCCCGGCAUGGGCGACGCCUCCAAUCACAUGGGACAGAUGUAA